GUCAACUGGCGGGACUGCGGGCACCGAGUCAACUGGCGGGACUGCGGGCACCGAGUCGUCUGGCAAGACUGCGGGCACCGAGUCGACUGGCGGAACAGCGGGCACCGAGUCGACUGGCGGAACAGCGGGCACCGAGUCGUCUGGCAUGACAGUGGGCUCCGAGUCAACAGGCACGACAGUGGGCACCGGGUCAUCAGGUAUCGGAUUGUCUGGCUCGACAGCGGGCAUCGGGUCACCAGGUAUGACAGCGCGGGCACUGGGUCACCAGGCAUCAGGUCAUUUGGCUUGCCAGCGGGCACCGCGUCAUCUGGCAAGGCAGUGGGCACCGGGUCACCAGGUAUGACAGCGAACUCUGAGUCAAUUGGCACGACAGCGGGCACUGGAUCAGGUACCGGAUCAUCUGGAUCAACAGCGGGCAUCAAGUCAACUGGCCUAAUAGGAUCGUCGGGCUGGAUCAGUUCAUCAUGCUGAGUAGCGGCAUCAGCUGAAUGCAGGCAUCAGGCUGAGUAGAGGCAUCAGGCCGAGUAGAGGCUUCAGGCCGAGUAGAGGCUUCAGGCCGAGUAGAGGCUUCAGGCUGAGUCACGGAAGGCAGAGGGCUUUUUUACAGGGUUAAAGGCAGGAUAGGUGCAGCGAGUGGGAACAGGGUACUGACAUGCGGUAGAUAGCAGGGCAGGAGGAGCUGUUGGGAAUGCAGGAAUAGAGUUUUGAGGAAAUAGAUUAGAAGCAGGACUGGGUUUUUGUAAGCUGACUGAGGCUGGGUGCAACAAGUCUGUCCAUGUCUGCAGUAUGGGUUGAACAAAGCUGAGCU